AUGGCCGGCCUGGCCAUAAAGGAAUUACUUGCUUCCAUGCUGUGGGCACUGCGGUGGAAUAUGGGGACCACAGCAGAUCACACAAUAUGGAGCCUGACGACGAUCAGAACCUCCACGCUGCGCAGAAGAGUCGCGCCCUCGCAACUAGCCCCUCGGCACCUCCCCCACAUUCCCGCUGCCACCCUUGCGCACCCCCGCCACCUGAGCACACCGCCUGGCGCCGAUCUCUCCUCUCCACCCACUCUCAACAUCUUCUCCAUCUCGUCUCCCAAUCCUCCUCCUCUCGUGUGGAAAGGCCCCGGCUGGCCUCCACACGACCCUCCCCGGAUCGCACCGUGCUCGCUGCGACCGUCCCCCGCCGACUCGCGCAGCGCCCCCCCGGUGCCCGCGCUGCGCUCCUGCGGCUGCUGCACCCCAGGCCGAUCCUGUGGACGGGUUCCACAAGCCGCUCUAGCGGCGCCCCUAUCCCGGCCUAGAACACCUCAUUUCGACUCUCCGUGCCCGGCGCCCUCCCCGCGCGGCGCCCCCGACGCCUGCGUCGCAUGUGCCUCUUCGGACCAGCCGCCGCCCAAGCCGAGCCGCAUUGAUUCUGUCGUCUCGUUCCACGCCCUAGGUCUCACCCCGCCGGCUCGAGGCUUGCCCGUUCGCUUCCUCCCCCUCUGCCUUGGACCCAGCCGCAGACUCCCCGACCUCCCGCCGUCGCCGGCCGAAAACCACCCGACCCCGAGCUCUCCCUCUGCCGGCUGUCGUUGCUCCGCCCGACGCCGCGCGCUUCUCGUCGCCAACACGAGCGUAGCACGUCCUUACCUCUCCCCCGGCACCCGCUCCCUGCCCCGCCGCGGUCCGCUGCCAGCCUGGAACCUGCCGCGCAAGUUCCCGGCAACCCCGAAAUAG